AUGGUGAGGAAGGAAGAGGAGGAGAAGGUGGAGGCGGUGAGGAAGGGAAUGCGUCUGGGGAAAUACGAGCUUGGGAGGACGCUCGGCGAGGGUAAUUUCGGUAAAGUCAAAUUCGCGAAGGAUACCGUCUCCGGUCAAUCUGUCGCUGUUAAAAUCAUCGACAAGUCUCGUAUCGCCGAUCUCAACUUCUCCCUACAGAUAAAAAGAGAGAUCCGGACGCUAAAAAUGCUGAAACAUCCCAACAUUGUCAGAUUACACGAGGUCUUGGCUAGCAAAACUAAAAUUAAUAUGGUCAUGGAAUGUGUCACCGGAGGAGAACUGUUCGACAGAAUUGAUGAUGGACUGCUACAUACAACUUGUGGAAGCCCUAAUUACGUUGCGCCUGAGGUUUUAGCGAACAAAGGCUACGAUGGUGCAGCAUCAGAUAUAUGGUCGUGUGGUGUAAUCUUGUAUGUGAUUCUAACCGGAUGUCUUCCUUUUGACGAUAGAAACCUAGCAGUUCUUUACCAGAAGAUAUGCAAAGGAGAUCCGCCAAUACCAAGAUGGUUAUCACCAGGUGCAAGAACCAUGAUCAAGAAAAUGCUCGACCCAAAUCCAGUCACGAGGACCACAGUCGCGGGUAUUAAAGCAAGCGAAUGGUUCAAGCAUGACUACACUCCUUCAAUUCCCGAUGAUGAUGACGAAGAAGAAGUCGACACAGACGAUGAUGCUUUCUCAGUCCAAGAGCUCGGAUCUGAAGAAGGGAAGGGCAGUGAUUCACCAACCAUUAUCAAUGCGUUUCAGUUAAUCGGAAUGUCUUCCUUUCUUGAUUUGUCCGGAUUCUUUGAACAAGAGAAUGUAUCAGAGAGAAGAAUAAGAUUCACUUCAAAUAGCUCAGCAAAAGAUUUACUGGAGAAAAUCGAAACAGCGGUUACAGAAAUGGGAUUCAGUGUACAAAAGAAACAUGCGAAGUUAAAAGUAAAGCAAGAGGAAAAAACCCAAAAAGGUCAAGUUGGCUUAUUAGUAACAGCAGAGGUUUUCGAGAUAAAGCCGUCACUGAACGUGGUUGAGCUAAGAAAAUCUUAUGGCGAUUCAUGUUUGUAUAGACAGUUGUACGAAAGACUAUUAAAAGACGUGGGCAGUUCCUCACCGGAGCAAGAGAUAGUAACAUAG